AUGAACUCCGCAGACCACAACUCGCUGCCCUUCAACGAUCUCGACGUAGAAAAUCUUGAUUUUGGUAUUGAGGAAUAUGAUUUGUACCACAACAAUAUCGACGAAGGGUUUGACAAGCACGAGGAAGAGUCCAAUGGGUCUGAUGAGUCUGAUGAAGGCUCAGAUGAGUCCGAUGAAGACGCAGAGGAGUAUGAAAUGCCCAGUAGAAGCCCAAGUCCUGUCUCUGCCGAUGAGGAUGAAAGGACAACGCGUGAGUCUCUCGGCGUGGAGUAUCAUCAGUAUAUCAAUGGUACACCUUGUGACAAGGACGGCAACUACCUACCUAAGAAUACUCCUCCUACACCUCGCGAUAUGCCCCGAUCAGAUGACUGGACUCCCUAUCGCAGCCAGGUUGAGUUCGAACUCGCUGAAUUUCUUUACACGCGUGAGCAAAUGUCCGCACCAAAUAUUAACACCCUCCUUGAUCUCUGGGCAGCCACCUUGCUGCGACACAACGAUGAACCUCCCUUUGCCAAUGCGAAGGAUAUGUAUAGAGAAGUGCCUCAGCAUGACGUUCCGCCGUGGAUGCAAGCUACUUAUGAUGUUUGGUUCCGAGAUCCACAUACUGUUGCACAGAAUAUGCUCGCCAAUCCGGACUUUGAUGGAGAAAUGGACUACGGUCCAUUGCGCGAGUUUGAUGGUGAGGAGCGUCGUCUCAAAAAUUUUAUGGGAGGGGACUGGGCAUGGAAACAAGCGGAUAUUAUCUCGGCUGAUCCCAACACACAUGGUGCAGCGUUUGUCCCUAUCGUGCUCGGAAGUGACAAGACGACAGUGUCAGUGGCCACAGGACAAAACGAGUACUACCCUUUGUACAUGGGGAUCGGAAACACUCACAAUUAUGUUCGACGUGCGCAUCGCAACGCGAUUGUCCUCAUUGGUUUCCUUGCAAUACCAAAAACGGAUCGGAAGUAUGCUGAUGAUGUCAAGUUUCGCAAGUUUCGUCGACAGUUAUUCCACUCAUCUCUUUCGAGGAUUCUGCAGUCACUCAAGCCUGGAAUGACAACGCCAGAAGUCACACGCUGUGCCGAUGGCCACUUUCGGCGGAUAAUAUAUGGCCUUGGGCCAUAUAUCGCUGAUUAUCCUGAGCAGGCACUCCUGGCAUGCAUAGUGCAGGGCUGGUGUCCGAAAUGUACUGCGAGGAACACAAACCUUGAUGGCAAUGAUAGCGGGCGUCGUUCCACCCAGCAUACCGAGUUACUUGUUGAAACCUUUGAGUUGGGAAUCCUUUGGGAUGAGUACGGCCUUGUCGGUGAUAUUGUGCCCUUCACCAAUGAUUUUCCUCGUGCUGACAUACAUGAGCUCCUUUCGCCCGACCUUCUCCACCAGCUAAUCAAAGGAACCUUCAAAGAUCAUCUGGUUGAUUGGGUAGAGCAAUAUCUGCAAAUUAAAUAUGGAAAGCGAAAAGCUAAAGAAAUCAUGGCGGAUAUUGACCAGCGUAUUGCUGCAGUUCCUGCAUUCUCUGGGCUACGGCGAUUUCAUGAAGGUCGAGGAUUCAAACAGUGGACAGGAGACGACUCCAAGGCACUGAUGAAGGCAAGUCUCAGACUCAAGCAUGAAACCGCGAUCACAUAG